UUACAACAUUGUGGACUGUUCUAUUGCCGGAUGUGAUUUGUGAUUGUGUGAAGCUGCCAUGUUGAAUAUUGGUUAACCCGUGCUUCUCUAUAAUUAUUAUAAAGAACUUGGUAAAAGUAUUUACUAGUAUACAUCAUGAGAAAAUCAGUAAAUAUUGUUCGAAAGGCCUAUCCACCACAACAGAGUUCUGACAUAAAUCGUAGAGUGAUAACAAAAACCAUGCCAGCUCAAAAUACUAGUUCCACAGUCCCUCGCAUUCUAAAGCAGAAACCAGCAUGUGAAAAAUGCUUUGUCUGUGAUGGAGAUAUUGAAACUGUUGGAUUUCCAUUAAUUGUGACAUCUACACUUUCAAGUAAAACAUCAUUACCUAACAAAAUUGGCAAACUUAUGGGAGAUGGCUUUAUGGUCAUUGUGUCCAUGGAUGAUGUAAUAUGUAAGAGGUGUUCAUCUUUGUUCAAUCAUAUGGACAGGCUUGAGACUGACUUGGAACGAGUUCAAAACACUCUCUCUGGGUACCUUAAGGUUAAAUAUAAGAUCAGUGAUGAUGAUAUUGAAAAACCACCAGCAAAGAUGUUAAAAAUGGAGCAGAACGAAGAUUUAAAUAACAUUUUAGAAGCAAGUAAUAAUGCCUCUGUAGAGGUUGAAAACCAAUUAUCCAAUAUGUUUGGUUCGCCUGUUAAAGUUUCUCAGAAAGAUGAUAGGACGAGAACAGUUAGACUUUACAAAUGUGCUUCAUGUAAUUUCAAAACGACUGAUCUACAACAAUUCCAACCUCAUUACGAAAAAUGUUCCAAGAAGAAUGUAAAAUCGAAAGAAAGUGAACAUGUUAGUCUUAAAACUUUAGAAGCACAAGGUGCUGCUCCAAAGGUUGAUAUCAAAAAAUUUUCUUGCAAUAUUUGUAACUUCAAAAUCAAUGACAAACAAGCAUAUGAAGAACAUAUGAAGAAACAUGUUAAUCUAAGGCCUUUCAAAUGCAGAGUGUGUUCUCAAAGAUUUGAAAACCGGGAACAAGCUACGACACAUGCUAGGACACAUCAACCUGAUUAUUUCAAAUGUGGUAUUUGCAAUCUGCCUUUCCCAAAAAGAGAGGCAUUGGUUAAACAUCUGGAAACUCAUGAAACGGCUAAAACUAAUAUUAUAACAGUAUCAACAUCCACACCAAGCACCAACUCAACGCAAAAACUUCUACAGGCGUCUAUUGAAGAAGCUUUAAGAGACACAGCAAAUGAAGCAGAAGUUCCAGCCAAAACUGUAGAUAAUAAGGGCAUUGAAUUUUACUCUUGUCAAACAUGUUCCCUAACAUUCUUGCAAGAAAGUAUUUACACACAACAUAUGAAGCAGCAUAGAGGUGAUGGAAAAAAGAUUGGUCAAAGUUUAAUAAGGCAAGAUGUUCGAACAAAUAACACAAGUAUUUUGAAUACCCAAAGCACUGAAUUGCGAGAUGGUGAUUUGGAAAGCAUUUUUGAAAAAAUGCAUUCUGAAAAGACAGAAGUUCCAGUUGUUGUCACUACUACAGCCAAUAACACCUUAGAGCAAGUUACAUUUAACAUCAGCAUUCCACAAGAUGUAGACGCAUUGGACCCUGAGCAGCAAAUAACAGCUAGCACAAUACGAAAACAUGAAAAUGUUCUAAUCUUCAAAUGUGAAACUUGCAACGAAGCUUAUGGUGACAAUGAUCAUCUGAAAUUACAUUAUGUGACUUCUGGACAUGGGCCUUCACAUUCUCCACCUAUGCCAAUUGACAUGCCAAAUCUGGAUGAACCUGAAGCAGAAUCUAGCAAGAAAUCAGAUUCUGAUGUUACAGCACCAGAAAAUGUUGAGAAACCUGCAACCCCAGAAACUAACAGCUCUCAAAAUACUUCUGAUAAACCUGCUGAAGCAAUGCCUCUAGAAGAAGAACACCGAAGUGAAUCUAACACUGAUCCUGUGCCCAUGGAAGUGGAAAAUAUGAAUCCUGAACAACCAGAAUCAGGAGAGAUCAAAUUGAUGUUGGAUUCAGAUAAUCAAUUGAUUACGAGUGACGGUCAGAUUUUACAAUUGGACAAUCAUGUUCUGACUGAUGCUGAUGGCAAUCAAAUUAUAACAUCUAGUGAUGGGCAAAUUUUAACAGUACAAGGAGCUGAUAACGAACAGUUGCAACAAUUGUUACAGAGCGUUGGUGUUGUAGUUCAACAAGAAGGGGGCGAAGAAGAACAGAUGCAAAUGCAAUUAGAUGGAUCACAAGUUAUUAUUGUACAAACUGAUGAGGGAGAGGUUCAAAUGACUUUAGAACAAGCCCAAGAAGCAGGUAUUGAUUUAUCACAACUAAUGGCUAAAGAUGAUAGUGAAUUAGCAGAAGGCGAAGAAAAAGAGGGCAUGGCUUUCAAUUUAGAUGAACUUUGCCAAUUACAAGAAGGUGAAAACUCAGAACAAGCUCAAGCCAUGACUGAUGAAAUGGAAGAAAAGUGAUUUGAAUUUUUGAAUACAAUCAAAUGAAAAAUGGAAGCAAAGGUGAAAAUGUCGUAUAUUUAUUCAAACAUAAGAAGAGGCAAAAUGAACUUUUUAUAUAUACUUAUUUUUUUAUCAAAUUCUUCUAAAUCAAGAUCAGAAUGAGAAUGAAAGUUUAACUUUCCUAUGGUAUGGUUCUGAUAACAGCAGACAGAGCUUGAACAUUAUUUUUAUAAUCUAUUCUAUGAAGACAAGAUUCUAAUUUACACCUUCUGAGUUGAUUUCUUAGAAAAAAGUUUUGUUGAAAGGAC